UCUGAGCUACAAAGCAUCCCAGUCUUCAAGGAGGAAGCUGAGUCUCAGAGAGGUCAAGUGUCUUGGUCAGUAUCACACAGCUGGUCUGAGCUACAGCCAGGAGGCAAAGCUGGGUUUUGGAGUCAUGCAUUCGCUCUCUGUCAGGUGCCUGCAGUUCGCAGCACUUGCUGCGUGAGGUGCUGGUAGGAAGGAGGCAGACUCCUGACUUUAAGGUGUAGUAGGGAAGACAGGUGCACCACACAGCACACAAUGACAUGGAGGGAUGGCCAAGGGCGGUGGGAGCACAAGACGGGAGCAGGUAACAGCAAGGGGAAGGAGUGGAAGGAAAAGAGACGGUGCAGCACUGGGCUCUGGAGAAUAGGCGGAACACCCCCCACUGGGGAUGGGAGGAAAGACAUGCCUCCAUCUAGGACACAGGUGCAGAGCUAGGAAAAGAGAUGAUUUCUUCAGGAAAGGGUGAGCCCUGCAACUCGACAAAUGGUGGAUAAAACGAAACAAGAGGAAUAAGAGAAAAAAGAAAUCUAGCCUGGAAGGACAGACAAGGCUCCAUCGCUGUUGCAAAGCACUGUCCUCACAACCAAUCCAGGAGCGGGUGGGGAGAGGUGGAUUAUAUCUUCUGAGUGAUAAAAGUUCACACUCAGCUCCUAUUUUUCCUUCAGACCAGGGACCACCUGGCCAUAAGACGGUUUUCCAGUCCUAACAAGACUACUGUUCUCUGGGGACACCUGGGCUUCCUCCUAUGAAUACCUGACGCUUGUCUUUCCCGAGAAGUGAGAGCAGCGCUGCAUGGCGAUGGAGGUCACCUGGGAGAGACCACAGCCUCGCCCACUGCUUCCUUUGCAGAGCUGGUCACGACUGACCGCACCUCCACCAGAUUCAUGUCUGGCUUCCCUCCUCGUGUGACAUCAUUGUAUCAUUUCUCCUACAAAGCAAUAUGGAAGCCAGAAAGUAAGUCACCUGGCUUUCAUGACCAGAGUUCAAUCCUGUGACCAGUAACUCUAUUGAGACAUGUAUGUUCUUAUGUGUCCUUUUAAAAAAAUUAAUGAAUGGUCCAUGAUUCCUUAAGGAGAGAUGACCAGAAAUCAAGCUUACACAUCCUGUGGGGUUGAAAUAUUUGAUCUUCAUGGCCCAAAGGAACACUAGGUGAGCGUCAUCCAUUACCCACCUGCCUUCCGGAGCUCAUCUCACUUGACUCAGGGAAUGGGGCAGCGCCUGUGACAGGUGUGGAAUCCUUUUGUCCACUUAUUUUCCUUAUUGCUAUAGCCCCAGCACCUGAUACCUAGCAUAGAAUAGGUACUUAAUAUUUAGUGGAUGGAUAAAUCUGAAAUUCUAUGGCCAUAACUUGGUCAUAUGAAGCCGUAAUGUAGAAAAGUUGCUUCCCGUUAAUGGCCAAAAACACUUUGGAUUCCAAAGGAUCAUUUUAAACAUGAAUCCUUCUCUGUUGUCUCCUCUGACCCCAUCCUGGGGAAAGCAGAGAGGAACCUAGGGAACUAGAAUGUGCCCCAUCCUCCCCUCAGUGAUGUCCGCAGAACUGCAGCACUGAGAAGGCCAGCAUGCAGAUCUGAAGUCCAACUCCCUCAUUAUACAGAUGGUGAAACUAAAUUACAGAGAGGGAGGCUGACCUGCUGCAGCUCAGACAUCAGGUCACUGGGCUCCCAGGCCACUUGGAGCUUUUUCCAAAAAGCUGGGUGGUCCAGAUGGAAAAGGAGAGAGAAUGAGAUGAAAGGGGCAAACCAGACAGCUGUGACAGAAUAUGUCCUGCUGGGGCCACACCAGCACUGUAACCUGGAGGUGCUCCUGUCUGUGUUCUGCCUGGGCAUCUACUCCAUGAAUGUGCUGGGGAAUGCCCUCCUCAUAGGGCUGAAUGUGCUGCACCCUCACCUGCACAACCCCAUGUACUUCUUUCUCAGCAACCUCUCCCUCAUGGACAUCUGUGGUACCUCCCCCUUUGUGCCUCUCAUGCUAGUCAACUUCCUGAAAACCCAGAGGACCAUCUCCUUCCCUGGCUGUGCCCUGCAGAUGUACCUGACCCUGGUGCUGGGAUCAACAGAGUGCCUGCUGCUGGCUGUGAUGGCAUAUGACCAUUAUGUGGCUAUCUGCCAGCCACUUAGGUACCCAGAGCUCAUGAGUGGGCAGACCUGCAUGCGGAUGGCAGUGCUGAGCUGGGGGACUGGCUUUGCCAACUCACUGCUACAGUCCAUCCUUGUCUGGCGCCUCCCCUUCUGUGGCCACAACCUCAUCAACCACUUCUUCUGUGAGAUCUUGGCAGUGCUAAAACUGGCCUGUGGGGACAUCUCCCUCAAUGCGCUGGCAUUAAUGGUGGCCACAGCUGUCCUGACACUGGCCCCCCUCUUGCUCAUCUGCCUGUCUUACCUUUUCAUACUGGUCACCAUCCUUAGGGUACCCUCUGCUGCAGGCUGGCACAAAGCCUUCUCCACCUGCUCAGCCCACCUCACAAUGGUGGUGGUUUUUUAUGGGACAAUCUCCUUCAUGUACUUCAAACUCAAGGCCAAGGACCCCAACAUGGAUAAGAUUGUCGCAUUGCUCUAUGGGGUUGUGACGCUCUCACUGAACCCCAUCAUCUACAGCCUGAGGAGCGCAGAGGUGAAAACUGCUGUCCUAGCUCUGCUGAGAGGAGGUCUGCUCUCCAGGAAAGCAUCCCACUGCUACUGCUGCCCUCUGCCCCUGUCAGCCAGCAUAGGCUAGGUUGUGCUGUGGUCAUGACCUCAAACCUUCAGAGGCUUAAAGCCAUUAAGAUUUGUUUCUUGCUCCUGCUGCAGGUCCACCAGAGGCUGGUGGGGCUUCUGCUCCACAUCAUGGUCUUCACCCCUCUGAGACUCAGGAUGACAAAGCAGCUACCAUUGGGAACAUUGCUGGUCACCAUGACAAAAGGAAAAGGGAAAGUAACAAAGCCUGCACAGACUCUUAAAGCUUCUACUCAGAAGUGGGUGUGUUGCCUCCACCUACAUUUCAGUGGUCAACACAAUGGCAACAGGAAGGCACAGGACCACACCUAUUGUGAAGGGGGAGAAGCACGCUAUCGUGUGUCUGGACGGCAAAAGAGAGGGACAGAGAGAUUUGUGAAUGGCCUAAUGACUACCACACCAGCUGACAGUGUCAACCCAAGAGCUAUUGGAGGUUUGGUUUUCUUUAUCCUGACCAUCUAUCCUUCACAGGUUGCUGCCAGGUUAAUCAUCCCAAGAAAGCUCUGGUCAGCUCACUUGUGGUAGCUUUAUACUGAGUCAACCAAACUAGGUUAGAGGGUCUGGGUUAGUGUUGGCCACAGAGAAGUUUGCAUGAGAUUUGGAAGGCAAAAGUGGGCCAGGUGUGGUGGCUCAUGCCUGUAAUCCCAGCACUUUGGGAGACCGAGGUGGGCAGA